UCUCUGCACGACACGAGAUCGACAUCGACUAUGGAGUCGGGCAGUGCUACUACCAUCACCAUUCAAGAGCUCGUAGUCCUAGCGAUCAUGUACGUUGUCCUCCACUACCUCACGCGCACCAUCCUCCGGACCAAGCGUGCGUCGCCGCUGCCGCUGGCCCCCGGCCCGCGGGGCUAUCCGGUGGUCGGGGCGCUGCCGCUGCUGGGCCGGGCGCCGCACCGGGCGCUGGCCGAUCUGGCGAGGCUGCACGGCCCGAUCAUGCACCUGACCCUCGGCAGGCAGGGCGUCGUGGUGGCCUCCACGCCGGACGCGGCGCGCCUCUUCCUCAGGGACCACGGCGGCAGCUUCCUCGACCGGCCCGCCGACGACGUGGCGCCCACGGUGCUCGCGUACGGCGCCCAGGACCUCGUCUUUGCGCCCUACGGCCCCAGGUGGCGCCGCCUGCGCCGGGAGUGCAGCCUCGGCCUGCUCGGCCCCCAGGCGCUCGCCGACUGGGCCGACGCGCGCCGCGAGGAGGUCGGCCGCAUGGUCCGCGCGAUGAGCCGGCGGGGCGCGGGCACGGCGGUGGAGGUGCCGGAGUUCCUGUUCUGCGCGAUGGCCAACAUCAUCGGGCAGGCGGUGGUGGGCCGGCGAGUGCUUGACGAGGCCGGGGGCGAGGAGGCGAGGGAAUUCAAGGAGAUGGUGGUGGAGCUGAUGACCACGGCCGGGCUGGUGAACCUCGGCGACUUCCUGCCGGCCGUCGCGUGGAUGGACCUGCAGGGGCUCGGCCGGAGGAUGCGCCGGCUGUCGGCGAGGCUGGACAGGGUCUGGAGCGGGCUGCUGUCCGAACAUGAGGCGACCAUGGCUGACCGUGACAGGGAGCAAGAGAGGAGAGGCCGCCAGCCGGACCUUGUCGACCGGCUGAUCGCCUGUCGUGGCGAUGCCCGUGCCGGGGAGGACGGCGUCACAGACCUCAACAUCAAAGCUCUACUUAACAACCUGUUCACGGCGGGGACGGACACGUCGUCGAGCACCAUCGAGUGGGCGCUGGCGGAGAUGCUGGCGAACCCGGCGAUCCUCCGACGAGCACAAGCGGAGAUGGACGGCGUAGUGGGCCGAGACCGCCUCCUCCAAGAAUCCGACAUCCCCCACCUCCCCUACCUCCGCGCCAUCUGCAAGGAGACGUUCCGCCUGCACCCGUCCACGCCGCUCAGCCUGCCCCGCCUCUCCACCGAGCCAUGCACGGUGCAGGGGUACCACAUCCCGGAGGGCACGAGGCUGCUCGUCAACAUCUGGGCCAUCGGCCGGGACCCGGCGGUGUGGGCGGAGCCGGCGAGGUUCGACCCCGGGAGGUUCACGACGGAGGAGGGGAGCAAGGUGGAGCCCCUGGGGAGCCACUUCGAGCUCAUCCCGUUCGGCGCCGGCAGGAGGAUUUGCGCGGGCGCGCGCAUGGGGGUGACCCUGGUGCACCACAUGCUGGGCGCGCUGGUGCACGCCUUCGACUGGGAGGUUCCGGAGGGGGGCGGGAUGGACAUGGACAUGGACGAGGACUUCGGCCUCGCGCUGCAGAAGAAGGUGCCGCUCAGGGCCGUCCUGCGCCCGCGCCUCGCACCCGGCGCGUACCAGUGAUCUCGUGACACGAACGUGCUGCUGUGUUGUUUCUGCUAGAAUAAAUUGAUGAAGUAAAUCUUCCUGUAGAAAGAGAAGUGGUGGGAACUGAAAUCUGAAAAACUACGUACAUGAGAAUGAGCGAUAACUUUGGCUUU